CCUGUUUACUACUCGCUGCCGUUCCAUGUCUGCGACUCGGAUUGCAACACUCAGAGCGACCUGAUUUGACUGUAGGACCCUCAGGUUAUUUUGUUGUUGUGUUUUCUUUGCACAAGUGACAACCGUGUCAUGGUAAACUCCCUUUAAUACAUUUGCAACAUUUGGAGUUUUUUUUAAUUGAAAAAUGAAGACGUGACGGUGAAGCGCGUGGCUAGGCCGGGAGUCCUCUGGGUUUCCUGAGCGAAGUGUCCGGUACUCGGUCGGGGUGAGAGGGGUGGAUCGCACACAGAGAAUAUGAAAGUGGUCAGUGGACGAGAACCGUCGUGCUCAAGCAGUGUCGUUGUUUUCUUUUGUGACCGGACGAAUUUGACAGUUUGUUAGCGGUACUUUUUGCGUGUUGCAGAGAAACGCUCCGUGUUGUCGCUGCUGGUCUCAGUCACGGAGAGAGAGAAAGAGAGAGAGAGGUUAACUAGCUCGCUCUGCUAGUUAACAGACCAGUAGCGUAGAGAAGGGUUCAGCUCGCCGGGACCCUGAACUCUCGACGCCUCCCCGACUCCGGCCCCCUGAAGCGGGCGGUGAGGAAGAAGCUGGCCGGGAAGGGAUGGCCUGGAGGCGGCUCCCGGUCUCACGGAGCGGCGCUGUUUGAAGGAGGCCGAGUUCGGAUCGAGCACGAGGCGGCGGGCCGCGGCGGAGUGAUGAUGGCCACAGGCAGCUUGACUGCGUCCGGGGCCACAGCGCGGAAGAGCGAGGACAUAGCCGAUCUGAUAGACCUGUUCUCCAAGACUCAGUACAGAGCGAAGGAGGUUACCCCACGGGUGGAGAGAAUAGAGAAGCGAUGCCUGGAGCUAUUCGGCCGUGACUACAAGUACUGUGUGAUCCAGAACAGCAAUGGCGAGGUGUGUGGCCACUACCCUCGCCAUAUUGUCUAUUUGGAGUAUGAAUGCACUGAGCCCAAUAAAGAAAGUUUUGAGAGUACGGUGCAGAUCAACAAGUUGCAGGAUCUUGUGAACCGCAGUAAGAUGGCCCGUUGUAGAGGAAGAUUCGUUUGUCCAGUCAUUCUCUACAAUGGCAAGCAUGUGUGCCGAUCAUCAACGCUGGCAGGCUGGGGGGAGUUAUAUGGACGCACUGGCUACAACUACAUCUUUUCAGGGGGCUCUGAUGACACAUGGGCAGAAUCAGAAGAUGUUCCAGAAGAUGAUUCUGCUGUCCGGAAUGGAGAUUCACAGCUGUUUGAUAAAGUGAGGGGUUCAGACAUUAAGCUGCUGAAGUAUCUGUCUGUACGCUACAUCUGUGACCUAAUGGUAGAGAAUAAGAAGGUCAAGUUUGGCCUCAAUGUCACAUCCUCUGAGAAGGUAGACAAGGCCCAGCGGUAUGCAGACUUCACCUUGCUCUCUGUGCCUUACCCAGGGUGUGAGUUCUUUAAGGACUACAAAGACAGAGACUACACGGCAGAGGGACUGGUCUUUAACUGGAAUCAGGACUUUGUGGAUGCUCCCCUGACAAUCCCUGCAUGCUUUACAAAGAACCUGAACAUUGACUGGAGUGAAUAUCAGUCAUGGGACCUGGUGCAACAGACACAGAAUUACCUGAAGCUGCUUCUGCACAUCAUCAAUAGCGAUGAUGAAAGUGGUUUGUUGGUGCACUGUAUAUCAGGGUGGGACAGAACUCCACUCUUUGUGUCACUCCUCAGACUCUCACUGUGGGCUGAUGGUGCUGUUCAUGCAAGCCUGGAGCCAGCUGAGAUACUGUAUCUGACUAUUGCUUAUGACUGGUUCCUCUUUGGUCACAUGCUGCCUGAUCGUCUCUCUAAAGGAGAGGAAAUUUUCUUUUUUUGCUUCAAUUUUUUGAAGCACAUUGUGUCUGAGUAUUUCUCAGUUGUUAGGAAGCCGAGAAGGAAAAAUUCUCAAUUCAAAGACACUGAUUUCACAGUGGAUGACUUUUGCCAGCUACAAUCCAGAGACAGGGGUAGUAUGACCAGUUUGAGUAGUGAUUUCUCUUUAAUCACAGAGGAUGCUGCUGCUCCUCCCAGUCUGUCUGCUGAGCCUUUGGAGCUGAUCACUAGCGGAACAAAAGCUAUGACCUCGUCUCCUCAGACCGUGGUUUGGAACCGUUCUGUUCCAUUUGAGGAGCGACUACCUCAUCCACUUACCGAGGGCAGGUCCUCAAGCUCCUCGUCCUCCAACCAAUCAGACCAGGGAUUUAUCCGAACAGGCAGCAGCCCGCUGGCUGUGCCGGGGAGAAGGUCCAUGGUGGAGUAUGCACGUUCGGGGUCUUCUAUUUCUACAGAGUAUGGUAGCUGGCAGAUUGUCUCAGGCUGUGGGAGCAUCCAUGAUGCAGCUCCUCUUCCUUUGGAGUCACCCCUUCCCUUCAGCUUCCAAGAUGAGGGGCCCAGCGGCCGCAUGUGUACAUUUGUAUCCGAGAGGCAGGCCCGUUUGGAGGCAGUGAGAGAGUUGUUCCUGGCAGCUUACAGCUCCACGGUGGGGCUGAAAUCCUCCUUUCCAAGUCCAUCGGGAGCCAUCUCUGGUCUGCUGGAGCAGUUUGCUCGUGGCGUUGGCCUGCGAGGCACCAACACGAUUGUCUAAACUUAAUGUCCCUUUCCUCCUGUCUCCUUUUUCCUCAUUUAUUUCCAAUUCUCCAUCUUGUCCUCGGUAGCAAAGACUCACAACGGGAAUGGUUCUUACUUUUGCUGGUCUCCUUAGUCUGACAAUUUAUAUCAUUUUCAUCUCUGAGCCCUCCAUUUAAUGUGAUUUAUCAUCCAGUGAGCCAGUGUCUUGAGUAGUCCAGAGUUAUAAUGAUUUCUCCUAAAUCAGUUCCAAAAAAGCCUGACACACCAACGUGCGUCCGUAAACUUCACUCCAUUAAACAACUGUUUUCAAAUAGAUCUGCAAAACUCAAUCCAUAUUGACAUUCUGUUCAUUUUUCAUUGCCCCGGUUUCCCUUCAUUAUGUGCACACCAUUCUACCAGGAUGUAAAAGUGCCAAACUUGAACCUUGGGACAACCUUUUAUUUCUUUAUUUUUAAUAGUUUUUACACACCAAAUCCGACUGUUUAGGAAACCUCAAGUAAAUUUUUUUUGUUUUGUUUUGUUUUAUUCUUUUUUUAUUUUAUUUUUUUAAAUGUCCCUUAUACUCUUUUAUGUAUUUAUAGUGAAUGGCAGAAUGAUAGAGCCUGAACACGACAAAGGAAAAAAAGUUUAAUUUCUUUUUUUGUUUUGUUUUUAAUAACUCUUCCUAGUGAUGUAGCUGCAUUGCUGCUCAAAAAUAUAUAGAGAAAUGAACAAAUUCUUAAAAUGUAAUUUUUAUGUGGACCUCAAAGGCUGUGCUUGUGUUGGGGCAUCAAACCUAUGAACAUAUUUUGUAAAUUGUCUUUUGUUUAUAAUGCCUCUUUUUGUCUUAAGGUUCACUUAAACACUUGAAUAUAUAAAGCAUUAUAAUAUGAAGUGUAAAUAACAAGUACAAAAACUGCUUUGUGUAGGAAUCUGGAGGGAGGGAGGGAGGACUGUUAUUUUUUUCUUCUGAACAGAAGAAGACAGGUUUUGUCAUUAAAAUAACAGUGGAGUUCCUCAUUAAGCUAUUGUAACAGCACAGUUUAAAUCAUUUGCUAAUGUAAAAUUAUGCUCUUGCUCCUGCCUCUGUAAUUUUCGUGUGUUUAGUUACAUUUCAGUAAGCUGCAGGCCGUUGUAUGGCCUCAUAAGAUUUGGUUCAUGGACAGAACCUUUCAGAGUACUUUAUAACAUAUUUUUUUGACAUUUAUGUAUUUGCCUUAUGCUCAUGGUUUGUGACUUCAGAACUACUACUGUUUAGAAUCUUCAUUAUCUCUUAUGUUUGGCCAUUAAAUCCACUGAAUCUCCAAAACCAUCUGCAGUAGAAUGAUUAUGCUGCAUGAAAGUAUUAACCAACGUUAGCUUUCAUGUAAUCUGUUAUACCUCUCAGCUACAUUGUGGCCGUAUUUAGCAGUGAAGUGAAACCACCUCAACUUACAUGCAACGUGAUUAGUUUGGGCUGCUCAUGUGGUUUUAAUUUUGGUUAGGGCAGGCGUUGCUGUGAUGCUUGAUGGUGAUUGUUACAUGUCGAAUACGAAAUUAAGGCAGCACUUGAAAAUUAGCAUUUAGCACUUGGGAUUUAUGUUCUUAAUGCCAAAUGGUUUUGAUGGCCUUUUUACCUCAGGACCUCCGCGUGUUGUGCCUUUCUUUCUGUUAAUAUUGGCCUACAUUAUAGAUUGUUUAUACCUGGGAACUAUUGGUGUAUAUGUUUUUCAUUUUAAACACAUUAUUUGUAUUACUUCAGAGUCUUCAGUCUAGCAUUGAAAUACAUUUUGAUUUUGGGAUGGGCAUGUUGCGAAUCUGGCCAUGUUUUUUUUUUUUUUUCCUUUUUUAUUAUUAUUAUUAUUAUUAUUUUUUUUUUUACUUCAGUUAACAUUUGACUUCAGUAACUAAAUGACAGAUCAGUGUAUCCUUAUAACCUUAUAAAUGUAAGAAAUUUAGAGUGUCAAGAGUCACUCUGUUCAUUAAGGAUUUUUUUUUUGCCCACAAAGUCUGCCAAGAUUAUAGGGAAACGUUUUCAUAGUCCACAAACAGUUGUCAGACUCACAAAUAGAACUCCAUCAUUGAAACUAGUAUAGCAAAUGAUUAUAGCAAUAGCAAACAAGCACCUUGCAUGGCCUUGCAUGUUUUUUUGUUUUUAAUUUUCUUUCAUAUAUUCCAAAAUUCAUGUUUCACAUAAUUGUCCAGUGUCUUUUUUUUUUUUUUUCUUUUCCUUCCUUCCAGGAAACAUUUGGACUUUUAUUUUCAUUUUAAUGGUAAUCUUUACUUUAACCAUGUUUUAAUGUUUUUUUUUUUGUUUUUUUUUUAAUAAUUUGCACACAUUGUGUUCUGUUCAUGGUGAGUGGUGCGCUCUGUCUUUGUACAGGUUUUGUUUUUUUGGUUUGUUUGUUUUAUUUUAUUGAUUUCUCAAUCUCUCAAUAUGAAGGAGUGGCUGAGGAGAUAUGGGACAGAAGCUCUUCCAGUGAAAAUAAAAGAAGACAUUAA